UCUUCUUCUCCUGUUAGUUCUUCUCUCUCUCUCUCUGGUUAGCUCUUAUGUUUUAGCUUUGAUCAGAUUCACAGAGACAUCGCAUUGCUUCGAGAUCACAAAAUUGGAAUAUUAGGAAACCAAAAUCGAAUUCAAAUUAAUGGCAAUGAUGGACUUAACGGGGAUGAAGCCUCCGCAGAUCACUUUCUACUGCUCGGCGUUUUCUGUAUUGAUCACACUUCAUCUGACGAUACAGCUUGUGUCUCAGCAUCUCUUUCACUGGAAGAACCCCAAGGAACAGAAGGCUAUACUCGUCAUUGUUCUCAUGGCUCCUAUCUACGCCGUUGUUUCCUUUGUUGGUUUGUUAGAUGUCAAAGGAAGUGAAACCUUCUUCUUGUUUCUAGAGUCCAUCAAAGAAUGCUACGAAGCACUCGUCAUUGCUAAGUUCUUGGCGUUGAUGUAUAGUUACUUGAACAUAUCUAUCAGCAAAAACAUUGUGCCUGAUGGAAUCAAAGGAAGGGAGAUUCACCAUUCUUUCCCAAUGACUCUUUUCCAGCCUCAUGUAGUCCGUCUGGAUCACCGCACUCUCAGGCUCUUGAAGUACUGGACAUGGCAGUUUGUGGUGAUCAGACCAGUGUGCUCUAUCUUGAUGAUUGCUUUACAAAUCGUCGGGUUUUAUCCGUCUUGGUUGAGCUGGACAUUCACUAUCGUUCUCAAUAUCUCGGUUUCCCUGGCCUUGUAUUCUCUUGUGAUCUUCUACCAUGUGUUUGCCAAGGAGCUUGCUCCUCAUAACCCACUCGCAAAGUUCCUCUGCAUCAAAGGGAUCGUCUUCUUUUGCUUCUGGCAGGGAAUAGCACUAGACAUACUGGUGGCGAUGGGAGUGAUCAAAUCACACCAUUUCUGGUUGGAGGUGGAACAAAUCCAGGAAGCUAUUCAGAAUGUGUUGGUGUGUGUUGAGAUGGUUAUCUUUGCUGCGGUUCAGAAGCAUGCUUACCAUGUUGGUCCUUACAGCGGGGAGACAAAGAAGAAGCUCGAUAAAAAGACCGAAUGAUCUUUGGUCCGGUUUAGAGUGCAAAUCGACUUGAGUCCAUUUUGUAGUAAAUCCUUUGUGUGUACUGCUAUGUUAUUCCUCUUUAGCAUAGUGUUUUGGGAGACUUGAAACUUUUGAUAUUGGGAAAAGAUACAAUAAUGUUGAGAUAUUCAGAUGAUAUGGUCAAUAGUGUUAUACAA